AAUUGAAAAAGUACAAGAAAAAAUUGAAAGAGCAUAAAAUAGAGAAUGAAGAAUCAGUAGCACAAUAUUAUUCAUUUGUUAAACUCAAAGAGGAAAUGACUGGCGAGUUUAAUGUAUACAUCACAAGUCCAAAACACUGUAUGAGAUUUUUAACUCCAGGUAGAUUGGUAUGGGUGAAAUAUGAUGAUAUGGAUUUUGGUUGGAAUAUGGUCAUUAAAUGUGAAGAGAUAAUAAGGAGGGCAGUUACACAUUAUAAUUUAAUAAAUUCUGGAAAAGCAAUUCAUAAAGUAAAAGUGUUGUUGCACUGCUCUAAUGAUUCAUUUGUGAAUAGUGAAAGAGUUGAUGUCAAGCCAUGCCCAGUAAGCUUAAAUGAUGGUGUUAUGCUGGUUGUUCCAAUAAAACUUAAAGAUAUACAAACAAUCAGUCAAAUACGCCUUCAUGCGGGUGAAAAUAUCGAGCAUGAACGUCAUCUAAUGCAUUUAGCUUAUGAAACUAUUAAUGAUAUUCUUUCAAAACAUCCGACUGGUGUGCCAUUAGAUCCAAUAAAAAUGAGAUUAAUUGAAGAGAACAUUAAUAAACAUCCAAUUAAUCAAGAUCCAUUAAUAAUAGAAAAAUAUACCAAAAGAUUGAAUUUAGUAGAACAGAAAUCAGUUCUUCAAUUUGAUGAAUUUAAAAAAAGAAGACGUUUAUUACGGAGAAUGGGUUACUUGUCAGAAAAUAAUAUGGUUGAGCUCAAGGGUAGAAUAGCAUGUGGAAUUAAAUCAGGUGAUGAAAUAGUUUUAACCGAGUUAUUGUUGAAUGAUGUUUUCAAUAAAUUCAUAGAGCCAUAUAAUCAAAUUUUAGAGACAGCUAGAAUUGUAGCUGAGAUUACUGAAGAGUGUGCUAUUGCUAUUGAUAAAGAAAAAUAUAUGGCAAAAUUUUCACCUGGGUUGGUGGAAAGUGUGUAUGCUUGGUGUAAUCAUGUAACGUUUCCAGAAACGUGUAAAAAAGGAAAAAUGCAAGGAGAUAUUGCUAGAAAUUUUGAAAACUUGGAUGAAUUAUUACAAGAAAUGGUUUCAGCAGCCAAGUGUAUAGGAAACAUCGAAUUGGAAAACAAAUUUUCCUUGUCAAUUGAAAAAAUCAAAAAGGGAAUAAUUGUAACAAGGUUUACAAAAGUACAAGUCAGAGAUGAUCCGGUUAUUUGUUGA